ACUCGGCCAGCACUGAUCUAGGUCUCCGCAGGAGCCCGCCCGCUGCUCACUGCUGCGGCUGCGCCUCCUUGUUCUCAGCGUCACCACUGCCGCCAUGCCCGGAGGGUUGCUUCUCGGGGACGAAGCCCCCAACUUUGAGGCCAAUACCACCAUCGGCCGCAUCCGCUUCCACGAUUUCCUGGGAGAUUCCUGCUGAGGAGACAGUUGGGAAGAUCCUAACUUCAAGGCCAAGCCAACUUAGUGAGGCUUUGUCCCUAAAUAGCAACUAAAUAAGCAGAUGAAGUGGCAUCUUAAGAUGAGAUGGGGCAUUCUCUUUUCCCACCCACGGGACUUUACCCCAGUGUGCACCACAGAACUUGGCAGAGCUGCAAAGCUGGCGCCAGAGUUUGCCAAGAGGAAUGUUAAGUUGAUUGCUCUUUCAAUAGACAGUGUUGAGGAUCAUCUUGCCUGGAGCAAGGACAUCAAUGCUUACAAUGGUGAAACACCCACGGAAAAGUUGCCAUUUCCCAUCAUUGAUGAUAAGGGCAGGGACCUUGCCAUCCUUUUGGGCAUGUUGGAUCCAGUCGAGAAGGACGCUAACAACAUGCCUGUGACGGCCCGUGUGGUGUUCAUUUUUGGCCCUGACAAGAAACUGAAGCUGUCUAUCCUCUACCCUGCCACCACGGGCAGGAACUUUGAUGAGAUUCUCAGAGUGGUUGACUCUCUCCAGCUGACAGGCACAAAGCCGGUUGCCACCCCAGUUGACUGGAAGAAGGGAGAGAGCGUGAUGGUAGUUCCCACCCUCUCCGAAGAGGAAGCCAAACAAUGUUUCCCUAAAGGAGUCUUCACCAAAGAGCUCCCGUCUGGCAAAAAAUACCUCCGUUAUACACCCCAGCCUUAAGUCUUUGCGGAAAUUGGGGCUGCAUCUGCACAUCCAGUACUGGGGCCUGAGGAUGUCAGCUGGCAGCCGUGGGUCCUUGCAGCAGGUCCGUAGAAAGAUCGUGGCAUGAUCACAGCCGGUCCUGUAGAUCGCUCGCUAUACUACUGGGUCAUUAAAUGGAAAUGGCACCAAAACCUUCUCGGGAUUCUUUACUCUGUGCCUUCGCCAGCAUUCUGCCCCUCUGCCUGUCACAGUGCCCUACUGACUGGCUCUCUUUGAAACGAAUUAUGUAUUGAAGAUUCCUUAGGUCUCUGUAGGGUCUUUGAUCAGCAAACAAGGUAGUGUCAGUGUGGGCUCUGUGCUAGAAUGAUGAAACACCUUUUGUAUCUUUCCGAACUGAAUCUUCUGUUACCCAUUUUGGAGAGCACUGACAUAGGGAGAAGCUUUCGAUUCUGUAUUUUUAGUAAAUAAAAAGUGGGGACAGCCGGGAGAAUUCUUACAGGGAAUCUAUUGUAAGUUUCUAUCGAAGUGGGCUCAGAAAGCCUUUCGCCUCCCAAGAGUGCGCAUGUACCUCCUAGAGUUUCCACAUCUGCUCUCUGGUGAUGUCUGCCUGUGAACGCACCUUAUAAAAGACGGGCGGUGACAGUGUUUUACCACUCAGUGUCCUAGUAGUGGGUGGCCAUUUCUGAAUUCUGCUUUUUGAGGUUCAACAAAUAAAAUCCUGAUCAGAAAACCGUUGUCAUGUUUUAAAGUACUACUAUCUUAGACUCUAGCAUGUCUAUUGCACAGGCAUGCUUCCUUCUUGCUGGGAAUAGCAUGGGUAUGUUUCUCCAACAACAUGAGUCUCCGCAUGAACUGGAAGCCACUGAAGGAUGAAUUCCUACAUGUAUGUUAGGCUAAUUCCUUGGUUCCUGUUCUCCUAAGUCUUGUGAACAGGUGUGCACCUUCUCAGAGGUUCUCAACUUGUGGCUCAUAACCUCUUUGGUCACCAAGGACCAAUGGAAAAUAUUUACAUUACAGUUCAUAACGAUAGCGAAUUUACAGUUAGGAAGCAGAAACAAAAAUAAUUUUAUGUUUAGGGGUCACCGCAACAUUAGGAAGGUUGAGAACCACUAAUGGUUAGGUAGUCUGGCCUCAUUAGUGUAAGCUCUGAGAUAGUGGUAUAUUUUGUUUUUCUACUCUGAACUGAAUGGUUUCAUUCCAACUUAGAUACAGUGCUACUAGUCCAAGUCAUUGUGAGUCUUAGUCUAGGUUGUAACAAAGAUGCCUGGCUUGAGCAUGGGAUGUUUAUUUCUAGGUGUCAAGCUGGAGAGUUAAAUUCAAGGCAGUGGUGGGUCCUAGGUCAUCCUCCUCCUAGGAGGCACCUCACUGCUUGCUCUUUUCCAUUACACACGUAAUUACUUUGGUCCCUGCUUUUAAUGGGAAGUCUGGCUUCCAGUUCCUGUUGAGGCGUUUCUGGUUUUUGUGUGUUUAUGAUACUGGCUUGUUUUGUAUGUAGCCCAGGCUAGACCUGAAAUCUUUCCUGCUGCCACAGCUCCCCAGGGGCUCAGAUUACAAAUGUUACCAUCAUGCCCUAUGCCAUCAGCUUUGAUGACAAAAGUUCAAAAUCUAAACUGCCAUUGUUGAUCAU